AUGGCGGAGGAGAGAAUCUCGGGUGUGGUGCAAUGGUUCAACAGUGGCAAAGGCUUUGGUUUCAUCAAACCUGAUGACGGCAGCGAAGAUCUCUUCGUUCAUCAAUCAUCCAUCAGAUCUGAUGGCUUCCGCACCCUUGCAGAAGGGGAUCGUGUCGAAUUCACCAUCGCCACCGGCGAUAAUGAAAAAACUAAGGCUGUUGAUGUUACCGGUCCUAACGGUGCUCCUCUGCAGUCCAGGCAGGACUCGUAUGGCGGUGGAGGUGGCGGUCGUGGAUUCGGUGGUGGAUUUAGGGGCACUGAGAGACGUAACGGUGGCGGCGGCGGUGCUGGCUGUUACAACUGUGGUGACACUGGUCACAUCGCUAGAGAGUGUAACCGGAGCAAUAAUUCUGGUGGAGGCGGAGGCGCUGCUGGUGCCGGCUGUUACAAUUGCGGUGACACUGGUCACAUCGCUAGGGAUUGCAACCGGAUCAAUAAUUCCGGUGGUGGUGGUGGAGGUGCUUGUUAUACCUGCGGCUCUUUUGGUCAUAUCGCUAGGGAUUGCACUCGCGGAGGCAAUAUCGGAGGUGGAUUUGAUCGCAGCAGCGGAGGCGCCACUUCUUGCUACAGAUGUGGUGGAAUCGGGCACAUUGCAAGAGAUUGCGCGACUCCAAGCGACCGAAGUGGCGGCGGAGGUGGUGGUUGCUAUAAGUGCGGCGAAGUUGGUCACAUAGCCAGGGAUUGCAACAUUGAAGGCGGGAGGUUCGAUGGCGGCAACGGCGGUGGAAGGUUUGGCGGUGGCAACAAUGGAAGGUUUGGUGGUGGCAAUGGAGGAACCAACACAUGCUUCAAUUGCGGGAAGCCAGGUCAUUUUGCAAGGGAGUGCGUUGAGACAUCUGUUUGA